AAUAUCCUUAGAAAGCAUUCUUUUGAUACAUGACGUUGGUGUACAAGUGAAAACGACCUUUAUGGAUGGAAGAUGCGUGUCAAAAUUUAUUGAUCGAUCGAAAAUAUUGGAUGUGGUUAUAAACGAAGGGAUCACAAUGCUGUCCGUUAAAUUUUAUUUGGCGAUAAUUGUCGAGGGGCAAGAUCGGAUGGUGGUGGUGUUUGAGCAUUUAUUACCUCGUCUAAAUAUUUUAUUAAAAGUUUAUCAAGGCACUAGAGCUGUUAUUUUUCAUGAAUUAGAAGAGAAUAUGGACACAAAUGGAAAUAUCAAUGAUCCUUCAUGUUAG